UGUGCAUUGUGGGGCUGGGCGGGUGUGUGAAUGCGGGGCUCAGCCAGUGUGUCCCGGAGUAGAGGGGGGAGCAAGCAUGUUGUAACAGGACCGGUGUACACUGUUGAACAGGUACACCGCGCAGUUCGGCAGGAUAUGCACUGUAACCAAUAAAAGCAAAAACACGCCCUUUCAGCUCUCUAACUCUCCCCUUACAUUGCAAGGAAGCAGAGAAAGGCGGGGAGAAAGAGAGAGAGAGAAAAAUCAUCGGUGUGUGGAACCCAAAGAAAAACGCAAGACCAGGAAAUUAGUCUGUAGUACCUCCGCUAGCCUCGAUAGAUCGGUGAAGGUCAAGUCGCACCGAAGAUGAGUGAAACCAGCAUAUGCCAGGCUCGAGCCACGGUGAUGAUCUACGAUGAUGCCAAUAAGAAAUGGGUUCCGGCGGGCACCGGGCCACAGGUCUUCAGCCGUGUCCACAUCUACCACAACCCCGGCAACAACACCUUCCGAGUGGUGGGCCGUAAAAUCCAGCAGGACCAGCAGGUUGUGAUAAACUGCCCGAUCGCCAAAGGCCUCAAGUAUAACCAGGCCACACCAAGCUUCCACCAGUGGAGAGAUAUGCGGCAGGUCUGGGGGCUGAACUUCGGGAGCAAGGAGGAUGCUGUCCUGUUUGCCAACGGGAUGCAACAUGCCCUCGAAAUACUCGACAGCACGGCGGUUGCGGGGCACGGGCCGCCGCGAGCAGUCAACAACGGGCCAACGGCUGAGGAGUUGGAGCAGCAGAGAAGGCAACAGCAGAAGCAGGAACAGCUGGAGCGCGAGCAGCAGGAACGGCGCAGUGCAGUGCCUAUUCCACCAGCCCCUCCUAUGUCUGCUGGAGGGGCCCCGGGACCCCCAGGACCUCCUCCACCUCCUGGACCACCACCGCAAUCGGCAGUGCCUACCCCGCCUGCACCCCCGCCACCCUCGGGUGGAGGACCCCCGCCUCCGCCACCCCUCCCCCCCUCCUCCAGCUCGGGAGAGGACGGUCCCGCGGCAGGUGGGGGGCUGGCUUCUGCUCUGCUAGGUGCCAAGCUAAAGAAAGCAGCCAAGCAGCCCGAGGAGAACGCUGGUAGCUCGAGCCCGAAGAUCGGUGGUGGAGGAGGGGGAGGAGGAGGAGGAGGAGGAGGCGGAGGGGGAGGAGGAGGAGGAGGCGGAGGCCUCAUGCAGGAGAUGAGUGCCAUGCUCGCUCGAAGGAGGAAAGUGACUGACAAACCACCCCCAAAGAAGGACGAAGAACCAAGUCAAGAUGCAAACCCGGUGACGAAGGCGCCUGCUCUCCAGAGCACUGAGUCAGUGAAGAGACCGUGGGAGCGAAACGCCUCCACAAUGCCUAGAAGUAACUCCAGUGCGAAGACCACAGACUCGUCCGGAGGCUCCCCGAGCUUGGUUUCCCAUAGAAUGAAGCCCACCCAUAGUGCUAACGAAGCGAGCUCAGAAGAUGGCGAUGCCGAUCGGAUGAAGCAGGAGCUGCUGGAGGAAGUGAAGAAGGAACUGCAGAAAGUCAAAGACGAGAUAAUUGAAGCUGUUCGGCAAGAGAUGCGUCGCCUGACUUCGUAAGAGUUUUCGCGUCAGUAAUCGCGAGCUUCAGACCCGCCAGCAAACAGAGAUGAGCCCGCCGUGGCCAAGGAGCACAAAAGACUUAUUGUUCAAAUCUCGAAAAGGAAAAAAAAAUUGUUUGGAUGGGGAAUGAUAAGCGCACCUCUAACCCAGUUUCAACAAUGAGUUUCUGUUUGUUUCAUUUGUGCCUUCUUUAUUAAUUCUGCCUUUUAUUUUUGGAUUUCUUGAUUAUCACUCAAGGUAUGUAUGACUUUCCUCAUAUUAAAAUAGCGGUGAGGGUUUUUGUUGACUGUUCAUUAGCUUUCCGGCUGUAGAAACUUCCCAAUGUAAUUUUAUUUUCCCGGUUUUGUGAUCGACUGAGACAGACAAGUGGGGAGACGUUAUGAUGGUUAGUUGUAAGGGGUGGAUUUUAAAAGUGGCCGCAGUCCUUUGUAUACUGAGUGUUCGACCAGUAUUCAUUUACUGGUCAGUGUCACGGGGAUGUGCCCAAACUGAAAUGCUGGCGUGGCCAAAUGUGUAAAAUGGAGCUGUCCAGAUCGUGUUUCCAUCCGGAGAAUCCGCCUCGGCUUUAUUGUGUGGCUCUGAUACUGAGUGUCUCCCUCUCUGAAGUCUGCCGCGGUUAAGGAUGGCUAGGCUUCGCCUGAGGUCUGUUGAGGUCAUCAUCGUCUGUUCCCUCCCCCCACCCCUUUCCUCACCCACCGCGCCCCUCCCCAACACCGAGAGAGUGAACCGCUGGGCGUAAGUUGGAGCCCUGAGCUGCCCAAUCCCCCAACCCCCUUGGGUCUGGGGUCUCCAGUACUUGAUACUCCCUCGAGUGACCAAUGCCUCAGGAGGGGGUGGCAGUGUCCCAUAAUGCAAGCCCUGUUUAAGUAGGCACCGGGCAAAUGCAGAUACAUAGAUCAGGGUGGAUGUGUGUCUGUAACUGGACGGGCGAGUGUUACAGCCCAGGAGCAAUAAAAUGAGGCUCUCCAUUCGCCACCGGCUCUGCCAACUUUCCCAUUUCAAUUAGCUGGGUUACUGGGCGGGGGAGUGGGAGACAUCUUGCUCGCGUAUGGCAGUGAAGGGUUCUCCUUCAGGGACCAGGCCUCAUGAGGUCAAAAUAAAGCCUCUUUGUUGAACAGUCUUAGCCAAAACUGACCCUGGGAGUAGUGAGUCUUCUCCCCAACUGUUUAUGCACCUUUCUGGGGCCGAGGGACAGAUUCAUUUCCUUCUGCUGAGAAUCUCACAUGGGUUUGGGAAGGGGGUAGGGUGGGGAGAAACAAGGAUCGGGCUUAUCACAUUGGGAUUGGGAGGGAUUCUAGUUAGCUUCGUACGUGUACGUGAUUGCCAACUUGAACUGGGAUGCUCUAUCUGUAGGUUGUCCAUUUUGGCUUGUGUUUUUUUACAUUAUUUUCUAUAAAGUGUAAACACUGGAUGCCUUUAUAUUAAAUAUAACUGCUUUUGGUUUGA